UUUUGUACACCUUAGAGUUUGUCUUCUUCAUAUCCUCAUCUUUCUCUUCUCAUUACUUUCGUAAUUGCUUCUCUACACUAAGCUCUAUCCUUCCCUUAAUCUUCUAGGAUCUGUUUUUUCUUCUUUUUUAAGAUUUUCUAUCUGGUAAGCAAAACUAGCCAUGUAUCUCCUUUGCUUUCAUGUUUCUGUUACAGUGGACUUCUGUUUUUCUUUUUUCUUUUUUGUAGGGAAAUGUUUGAUUGGUUGGAUUAAUCAUUAAGAUUUAGAGUUCAAAGUUUUAGAAGACUUCGUUGUGUUUCUAUGUCAAGUUCUAGUUCUAUAGAUUUCAAGCAAUUCCUCUGAAAGUGACAAAAAAAGGAAGAUUUGAGCUGAACUUUGAAUUACCUUAAUGUGUUUUUUUCCCUUGUCUUUUGCUGAACCCUUACAAUAUCAUCAAAAGCAAAAAAUGAAAGGGUUUGUUCGGAACCAUCUCAACCAAUCAUUAUAAAUGAUUCUUCUAAGAAUUUGAUGCCAGGAACACCCUUUUGUUCAGUAAUCUGAUUCACAUUCUCUGGAUUUCAAUAUUCCUUUUAGCAGUAAAUGGGAAAUGCUCGGAUCAUAGUGCUUUAUAUCACAGUAUGUUGUAUUGCUUUUGUUACAUCAAAGGUCAUCAUCUCAGUCCUCCUGUAUAAGAGAUGGAAAAGAAAGCACUCGAUUUACAAAGAUAGCUUCUCAGGUGGGAAGAUGGUGAUGUUUACGUCUACAAUGAUGCAAUCUCUCAAUUCCGAUGCGUUGUUGAAGAAGGCAACAAGGUUGAGCAACAAAGAUGUCAUUGGGUCUGGAGGCCAUGGUACUGUCUAUAGACUGACAGUAGAUGGCUCCGUAGCCUUUGCUGUAAAAAGACUAAACAGGGGAAGUGCAGAUCAGGAUCGAGGCUUUGAGCGAGAGUUGGAGGCCAUGGGAGACAUAAAGCACCGAAAUAUUGUAACCCUUCAUGGAUAUUACACUGCCCCUCAUUAUAAUCUUCUCAUAUAUGAGCUAAUGCCUAAUGGGAGUUUGGAUGCCUACCUCCAUGGAAGACUGAAAGAAAAGAAGCUCCUGGAUUGGCCUUCAAGAUACAAAAUAGCAGUAGGUGCUGCAAGAGGAAUUGCAUACCUUCAUCAUGAUUGCAUCCCACACAUAAUCCACAGAGAUAUCAAGUCUAGUAACAUAUUACUGGAUCAGAACAUGGAGGCUAGAGUCUCAGACUUUGGACUAGCAACGUUAAUGGAACCAGAUAAGACUCACGUUUCAACAUUUGUAGCCGGGACUUUUGGAUACUUGGCUCCAGAGUAUUUUGACACAGGAAGAGCAACUGCAAAAGGGGAUGUUUACAGCUUUGGUGUUGUUUUACUUGAGCUUUUAACAGGAAAAAGACCAUCAGAUGAAGCAUUUAUAGAGGAGGGAACCAGGCUUGUGACAUGGGUGAAAGCCGUUGUUCUAGAGAAGAAGGAAGAGCAUGUACUUGACAGCAGUUUAGAAUGUUGUUCUCUUGAUGAGGUUAACAAUGUCUUCAGUAUUGCUACAAUGUGCCUUGAGUCAGAGCCCUCAAAGAGGCCUACCAUGGCUGAGGUUCUCAAGAUGCUUGAGCAAAUAAAAUCAGACAAACUUGUAAAAGAAUCCUAAUCUUUGCUUAACAGUUGUUCUUUUCUUUUUUUCCCAUCAAUGGUGUGUUACAUCCUAUCUUAGUUUUAA